AGAGUCAUCAGCAGAGCCCCAGGUCUGAAGCUGGUGGUAGAAACCUUGAUCUCCUCCUUGAGGCCUAUUGGGAAUAUUGUUCUCAUCUGCUGUGCUUUCUUCAUUAUCUUUGGGAUUUUAGGGGUGCAGCUUUUUAAAGGCAAGUUCUACUACUGUGAUGGUCCUGAUGUGAAAAACAUCACUACAAAGACUGACUGCACUAAUGCACACUACAGAUGGGUUCGGCGGAAGUACAAUUUUGACAAUUUGGGACAGGCUCUCAUGUCCUUGUUUGUCCUUUCGUCCAAAGACGGCUGGGUGAACAUCAUGUAUGAUGGUCUGGAUGCUGUGGGUAUUGACCAACAGCCCAUCCAGAACCAUAACCCUUGGAUGCUUCUCUACUUCAUCUCCUUCCUGCUCAUCGUCAGCUUCUUCGUGCUCAACAUGUUCGUGGGGGUGGUGGUGGAGAACUUCCACAAGUGCCGGCAGCACCAGGAGGCAGAGGAGGCCCGGCGUCGGGAGGAGAAGCGUCUGAGACGCCUGGAGAAAAAGCGCAGGAAAGCCCAGCGCAGGCCUUACUACGCUGACUAUUCUCCAGCACGGAAAUACAUUCACACCCUCUGCACCAGCCACUAUCUCGACCUCUUCAUCACCUUCAUCAUUGGAGUCAACGUCAUCACUAUGUCGAUGGAGCACUACAACCAGCCAAAGUCCCUGGAUGAAGCCCUGAAGUACUGUAACUACGUGUUCACCAUAGUUUUUGUGUUCGAGGCAGUGUUGAAGUUGGUGGCAUUUGGUUUUCGAAGGUUCUUUAAGGACAGAUGGAAUCAGCUGGAUUUGGCCAUAGUUCUCUUAUCAAUUGUGGGAAUCACGCUGGAGGAAAUUGAGAUGAACGCUGCACUGCCCAUCAAUCCCACAAUAAUACGCAUCAUGCGGGUGCUGAGAAUAGCAAGAGUGCUGAAACUGCUUAAAAUGGCCACUGGAAUGCGAGCUCUCCUGGACACAGUGGUACAAGCUCUUCCCCAGGUAGGGAACCUUGGCCUACUUUUUAUGCUCCUGUUUUUAUCUAUGCUGCCCUGGGAGUGGAAUUGUUUGGCAAGCUAGACUGCAGUGAAGAGAAUCCUUGCGAAGGGCUGAGCCGGCACGCAACGUUCACCAACUUUGGGAUGGCCUUCCUCACCCUCUUCAGGGUGUCCACGGGGGACAACUGGAAUGGUAUCA